AUGGAUGAGGUUGUUGAGUGUUCUGAUAUAUCUGCAAAGAAGCAGACUGAAUCAGAGAAUGGAGAGGCACAAAGUCGAAAGAGCGGAAAGAAAAGGAACUCUCUGGACAUUCAUGCUAUUGUGGAAGUCAACCCCGAUUAUCCCCGGUCUAAGGGUGGCUAUAAUUCGUUCCUACGUCAGAUGGGCUGGGAGAUGAUGUUCUGGAUUGCGCAUUGCCAGGACGAAAGCCUUAUGAAGAAUCGAUGGAUCACGAUGGUCGAAUGUGCAGAUGAGGUUUACGUGGACGUCGAAGUGCAUAGUGCAAUGUGA